UCCUCUCCCUUGAAACAGAUCGAGUUUGUGUGUCGACCGUCAUCCCACCACCCUGUAAUCGACAACAGUACAUAGCUGUGGACCCAAUCCACAGUCGCCCUCCUACCAAUAUGUCUUCAUUCUUACCUGUCAAUACUAUUUCCACGCCACAAGAUCGGGUCAUGGAGGACGCGACAACAUCAUCGACCCCUCGCCCUCAUCCUAACUCCGACACCGCACAAUCGUCAGGCACGAAACCGGACGAGAGCACCCCGCGGAAUGUAAUUAUCAACGAUGACUCGACCCGCCCGAUAGACUCGCACACCAGCGCAUCGUUAACGUCAGAAGAACCCGUACAUGGCGACUCGGACGGGGAUCGUGAGGGCUCUGACAAUGAAGAUAACAAGGACGAUGCUCCACCAUCCAAGAAGAAAAAGGGACAACGCUUCUACUGCACUGACUUCCCUCCAUGCAACCUGAGCUUCACACGAAGUGAGCAUCUAGCACGCCACAUCCGCAAACAUACCGGCGAGCGUCCAUUUCAAUGCCACUGCUCUCGCCGAUUUUCUCGACUCGACAAUCUGCGACAGCAUGCACAGACCGUGCACGUCAACGAAGAGAUUCCCGGGGACUCACUGGCGGCCACAGGGACCCGUUUUCAACGACAAAUCCGAACGGAUCGGGUGCGACCCCAAGGGCGCGCAAGAGCGGGCACGGCGGGUAGCCAAGGUACACACAGCAGGGGCCAUAGUAGGAAUCUCUCCGCCUCGAGUAUCACCUCCACUGCAUCGACAUUCAGUCAGCCGCAGGAACUUCGCCGUCGGCCUGCCCCGUUGAUGAUGGCAAACGAUCGAGCGCGAUUGAUGGAUACGCUGGAUGCUCCUAGCACUCCCCCCGGCCGGGGCCUACCAGGGCCGCAGGCGGGUGGCUCCCCUUACACCCCUUCACACCAUGUCUUUGCAGCAGGCCCUCAUGGCAGCCCUCAUAUCGCGUCGCCAAUGUCCACUGUGUCCCAGGCCUCAGGAUUUUGGGAGGGUAAGACAGCAGCUCGUCGUUUGUCGGUGCCAUCGGGCGCAAACCCAUUCGCAUCGCAGCAAGCGAACGUCUACCCUCCAGGCUAUGCCCCAUCCUCUGCGUACGUCGCACAUGGUGGAGUGUAUGCCAGCCCCGUUAGCACUAACUACUCUCUGUCUCGCGAUGAGAUGCACCACGGAGCUUCAGAUGCCGACCUGCGCAGAAGGACAUGGCACCCAUCGACCUGGUCUGCCGUCCCUCGGCCAGCCACCAGUGGUCUUAGUAAUUAUCAAACCCCAGAGGUAUUCCAUCCGUCGGCCAAGACCAAUGGGACGACAGACCAGCCUCCGCGACUGCCAGGCAUUGAAAGUUUCGAUAAGGUGGUGGCUCGACCAUUGACACCUCCUGUCCGGCGACCGAGUCCCAUGCAACUGGACAACCCCAGCAAACAACCGCCAAACUAUAAUUUCGGGGGAGGCUUCAACUACACGCAACCGACUAGCCGACCAGCGCCGCCGAUUUCUGGUCCUGGACACCGGCGGGGUCACGUUUCUUGGGACAUGUCGCUGCACACAAACCUCACCGGAUUACAUAUUCGGGACAAACCGUCUCAGCGGGAUGCAGCGAAUUGGAGCCAGCAAACUAUCGCUGAAUUACAGAGUGUUGGUUCGCGGCCAUCGUCGUCUUAUCAGCAGCAGCUUCAGGAGUCCCGUGGACAUGGCCAUACGCCAUCAUUCAGCAGUGUUACCAUGAGCUCUCAGGCGACGCGAACGUCACCUGAAGAUUCCAGCAGCAGUGAAGGAGUUCACACCCCCUCUACUGCAUCUCUGGAGUACCAUCCCGCAAUUGUACAUAACAACGGAUAUGUGGAGCAGCAUCACCCACCCUUCGCAUCCGAAGGAUCCCAAACAGCUUGCCCCCCUCUACCACCUAAACCUGAUAGCCACUACGGCAAACGUGACCUCCGGUCCGAUUUCCUUCCUCACUCGGUGCGGGAACCUGGAAUGGGUCGGUUGGAAGCUCUCGUUGCUGUCGCCACCAGCGAGAACAAAAGCGCAACGAAGCUAUUUAUUUGAGAGGCCCCUGAUGGGAAUGGUGGCUGGGAUUGAUGAAUAUCUUAUUUACUAUUUUCAUUUGGUCCUCACGUUCGAACGACCUCGCUCGGCCUCGGCCUCGCCGCUCAUUCUCUUUACUUUUCGUUUUGAGCGGGAGUUGUAUAG